AUGUCAAUCGAUCUAACCAACGACGAUUCGACACAACGUUCGUCUGAAGCAUUCUCAUCUGUUUUACGUCCUACGGUGGUAUCACCUUCAGUUGCUCGUCGUGAAUUUCGGGCACAAGGUGAAUUAUUAAUUGACGAUCUUCUUCCAUCUGAUCGAACUGUUCGCAACGAAGUCGACCGUGCUGCCGAACAAGGACGUAAUAUUCUUAAAACUAAAUUAAUCGCUGCAGUUGAAGAUUAUCGUUUAUCGAUUAGCCCUGAUAUUUGGUCCGACAGACAUCGACAUAUUUCAUACUUAGGUGCUUCUGUUCAUUUUGUUGAUGAGAAUGGGUUUUUCCAUUGUUUCGAUCUUUUCUGCACCGAGUUCAAAUGGAAGAAGAAAACAGCUGCUAAUAUUAUUAAAGAUGAAUUAGCUAUUUUUGGUUUGACAGAACUUAUGGACAAAAUUACAUUCAUAACUGACAGAGAAACAAAGAAGAAGCAAAAGAAUAUUUCUCCUGCGAAACUCUUAUCUAUAUCUACUAGCGUCCGUCGAACUGAAUUAACUCCAACAAAAACUGAAACGACAACCAUCACAACACGAACUCUUACUCAAGCUUCACCAGAAUUAUCAGACGAAGAGGAAGAAUUAAGAAAUGCUGCUGAAACAGACGAUUCAUCAGACGAAGAGACCGACACCGAUGAUGAGGAAGUCGAUUAUGCUGCCGCCACAGCUGAUGAUAUACCAGUGUCUGCAAAAGCCAUUCUUGACGUAAUUAAAAAUUGUAAAUCACUUGUGAAAUAUGUUAAAAAGGCAAAUCUCAAUCGUCAAUUACAACUAGAACGUGAGAAGCAGAACAACAUCGAACAAAUCAAUGAUGACAGUUCACCAUCAACAACGAACAAUUCUACUAAUGCUGCUACACUACACCAAUGGAGAAAUGUACUCAACGAAGUUCAAAUCAGAACUGCUCCUUCUCUCUAUUGUGUUUUACCAUGUAUUACUUAUCUUCGAGAACAAAUGAUCAAUGGGGAGAAAAAAGAAAAAGGAGUGCAGUUACUUGAUAAAAUGUUCACCAUGGAAGACGAUUAUAUUCGAGCUUCCUUUUUACAUCCUAAUUAUAAACAAUUGCGUGGAGCAACGAAAGAACAAAUCGAAUCUUGUUAUAAUUUUUGUCGAGAUUUCAUUUUACCUUCUAACACGAUGAAUGAUUCGAUUAGAACCGAUGAAAACAUUAUUCAACCAUCUGCAAAGAAGCUCAAGUUCAUGACACAAUUAAUGGAUAAGAAGGAAACAGCACCAGCAUCUGCUGAUGAGAUUGAUCAUUAUAUUGCACUUACAGUGGAAGAAGAAUAUACAGAUCCUCUGGUCUUUUGCCGACAAGAACGUAAUCAAUUGACUUUUCCAACAU